UUAGAGAGGGUUGGUGCUCUGCUUAAAAUAACGGGGGCGAUAAGACUGAGAGAAAACCCUCUUUAUACCUUCUCACUUCCUCUCUCUCUCUCUCUCUCUCUCUCUCUGUGAUCAAUUAGUCCAACUUAACAGACAGCCUCUGCAAGCAACUCUUCAUCAUCGUCAUCUUGUUGUUGUUGUUGUUGUUGUUGUUGUUGUUCACAGACAGCUUCAGUUCAGAGAGCAACCUUUGUAUUGUAUGGCCGGCUAUUGGAGGAGGGGAGGAGGGAUCGCGAGGAGCAUCAUCAAUAACAAUAAGCGACUAAUCGUCACUCAGAUCUGGAGCAACGCCAACAACUCCCCCGGCCCGGCUCUCUCUGCAGCUUUCAGGGCCAGGAGGGCCGCUCACGUGUCGGUGUAUGAUAAGAACCCCGAUGAGCAUGUCCGACCAACGGUGGUCCCGGAUGAAAUGAUUGAGCCCCAAUCCGACAAGUAUUGGGCCCCGCACCCACAAACUGGGGUGUUUGGGCCAGCAGCUGGGCCUGAUACAAGCGCGGGCCUGUACAAGCACCCUCCCAAGACCACCGCGAAUACAUGUGCGGGUGAGGGCGAAGACGACUCGGUGCUAGAGCAGAAGGCCUGGUUCCGUCCCACUAGCAUAGAGGACCUGGAGAAGCCCGCCACCACCACCAUCACUGAAAGUUGAACUUCUUCCUGAACUUGUAGUGGAAGACACAGCAGCUUAGCUAGCUACGCAGUCUGCAUGCACAUGCACCGACUCAUAUAUAUAUAUAUAUAUAUAUGAAUGUGUAUGUAUAUGUAUGUAGGUAGGCGUGUGAACUUCUGCUGCUGCUGCUGCUAGUACUAAAAGUGGAGGCUUCAACCAAUUCGAUAGAUGAAAUAAUCCUGAAGAAUAAGAACCCCGGCUUGGCAUUAAUUUGUGUAACUAUGUAUAUGCACGAGUAAGUAGUGUGACCAGCGAGCGGAAUGGAGCUCGUAUCUAUAUCUUCUGUUGUUUGUUAAUUAGUAUAUCAAGCGUCUAUCUCCCUGCCUACCCAGUGACGUACUCAUGGAGGAUGAUGCCAUCGUAUAUUGAAUACUAUUAAUAUAUAGAUAGAUAGAUGGAUA